UUGUUGUCCUCCGGAAUUUGAGAACUAAAAUAUCCUAUGAUAAAUGUUUUAAUUUUUCUUAUGAAGUGCCUUCAACGUGCUAACGAGUUUUUAACAGAUAAUAAUCAGAUCUCAGGAUCCUUGUUUGGUUCAAGUAUAACUUGAAUGCAUGCUUAUCAACAUACGUGAUACCAUCAAUGCCAGAUUCCAAAUUUUUUCAUUCAUAACACACUAUUUAUCCAUUGUGACCAGAAAUUAACUGUAGUUCCUUGUGACGUCGAUGGUAGCACACCGAUAUCAUCGUUCCAGAGGGCUGGUUUUGAGAAUGUUCUAAGGUGCUGCAUCGCGGCUCUCUCAUCUGUUAUAAUUCACGAGUCUCGCAUCUUUUCCAAAAGGUGAAUGGAGUAUCAACUUUGGCAUCUCCAUCAUCAUACACACUUCAUAUAUAUCACCUGAGCCUGCUGUGACUGACCUCAUGUUUCAGAUCAUCUAUCGAGAUCAAUACCAUCAGUUACGAGAGCUGAAUUCAUAAAGCGUGAACUUUUUGUGCUCGUGUAUACAUCAAAUUCACCGCCUGUUCAAAUCUGUUUCCCCGUGGCAUCAUUUAUUUACGAAAGGACGAUGGAGAAAAGAGGGAAGGAGAAGGGAUUUUUUCCUCGUCCGAAAGUCUUGACAGAUUACACACUUAUCUCUACACAGAAUAUGCACAGAUUCCACUUUCUUGACAAGUCUUGAAGCAGGGUGAAGAUUUUGUGAAUGUGGCGACUGCAAACUUUGGCUCAAAAGCAGAAAGUGGUAAAGGUUCUCCACCUGACCGAACGAAGUCCGUAGUAGUUGUAUGCACAUGGCAAAAGACGAAUGAUCACUGACGUAACUAACAACAAAGAGAAAGGUGGAGGAUCUAAUGGCUGGUGGCCAUUGGCCACCAUCGGAUCUCAAUCUCGCCACAGCCUCGGCCCAUCCGCGAGGUUCUUCCAAUCUUGUUAGUUGGUAGAUACACAGCCCAGCAGCAGCAGCCGCCGCCGCUCGUGCUUGCCUUCCACUCGCCUUGACUUCCAUUCCAUCCACUCAUCUCCUUGGCUCUCCAAUCCAAUCAACUAGUCACGUUUCGUCCUAGUUGAUAAUGCUGAGAGAUAGUGACAAUGUACGUAAAUAUUUUCUGGUACGUAAAAUUUGAUCAGGAACGGUUAAGGUAAAUCUAUCAUGAACGGUUCUCUGUUAGAACUAAAGAGGAAAAUGUAUAGCAAUUGGUGAAGGAAGUGCAACGAAGGGAGGAAUGGCGGGCGGGGAAAAUCUGAUAGUUUGUUUUAAGGGCAGGGAAGGGGGGUAGUUGUAGGGACUGUUGCAUGGACUGCGAGAGGAAUCCCGCCCCCUCCUACCGGCCACCACCAUCAACUCGUGGACUUUGUGCAAUGGCUCCGAUUGAGAUCGACAUGGGAGAGAUCCGGAUGCUGAUGGUGGUGGUUGUUCUUGUUGUUGUGAUUGGCUACCCUUGUACCUCAAUCCGAUCGAGCCACUGUGAUUUUAUCAUCGUAAUUGAGCUCAGAUGUAAACACUCAAGCACAAAAUCUGCUUGUACUCGACUUCUGUCAUACCUUUGACCAAAUUUGCUGUAUCUACAUUGCAUGUUAUGUUCUUUCAAUUGGUUUGGUAGGUUUGGACAUACGAAUGCAUCCAUUCCUCUCCCGCAUCUGCAGUCCAGUAGCUGCAAAACUUUUCUUAAGAUUCAUAGAGGAAUCACUUACAGCCACAGCCGCCGUGCCGUUAAUUGACAUGAAUGGAAACGUUGAGAUGCUGAGAUGUUGAAGGAUUGAAGGAUUGAAGGAUCAGGGCACUGAGGAGACAAAGGGCCAUUGAGUUUCCAUCCAUUGCGUCCGCUGAGCUGUUCAACUUUCUCACGUGCGAAACAAGAAUGGAUUUCUUCUAACUGGAGACCUUAUUUCCGACGCAGUACUCCCUAUGCUCGUAGAAUAACCUAAGAAAUACGGUGCAGAAACGAUGAUUUAGCUAGGAAAGUUCCGAUGUUCUAUUGUAUUGAGAUAGAUAGUCCACUUGCUCCAGUUAUCACAUAAUUGUUGUCAAGAAAUUUCUAAAUACGCGACUUGACUCCCAAUACGUAAUGGAUCCAUAGUCAGGCAUCCCAUGACUGGAUACGACGUUGUCGGUAAGUGAGGAGCACCUUCUCCCUCCAUGCCGUGACUAACUCUGGCUGACGAUUCUCUCACAUCUACCACCAUCGAGGACCACCAGCAGCAAUAGCACUGCCUGCACGGAACUCAGUUACAGCAGUUCGUAAGUGAUGUUUACGACUGCGAUAUGGUGAUGAUGAAAACACAAGAACAGGAAUAAAUAGAGAGAGAGAGAGAGAGAGAGAGAUUUCUUUUUAGGUACCGUUCAUGUCUAGAGUGGUGACGGAGCAAUGGAUACACGUACUGGGUAUCACAAAAUCCAGUGAUAAGUGUCAAUCAAAGAGACUGAAAGUUGAAUGUUAUAAAAGAUUUCAUUUACAGAGAGGGAGAAAGUGAGAGAACGGCCAUUUCCAUCUACGAUAUCAUUGAGAACAAAAAGGUGAGGUUUUAACAUCCUAGAGCCGGGUAGUACUCGUCGUCAUGCCAUCCGUCAUGUAUUUGACUCACUGCAGAUCAGUUUCAAAGUGUGUACAACUUUGGCAUGAUGAACAAUAAUACGUGAGAAUGUACUAGAGCCUGAUCAAGGGGAAGAAAUUCUUCAAUGUUAUCAUGAUUUUCAGCUUCAGCA